AUGGCCACCACAUCCACCCCGUCACCAAUCAUAUGGCCCCCGCACGCCCUCUCCUACAUCCUCCUCCUCGCAGGCCUCCUCCUCGACCUCUACUUCUACCACGCCACCCUCUCCGUCGCCUACUACGCCUUCGCCGCCCUCUCCGUCCACGCCACCCUCUGGCUCAACGCCUGCGUCCUCGUCAAGCCCCUCGGCCUGCACCGCCGCCUCUGCGCCGUCCGCCGGCACGAGGCCUUCGCCCGCGUCGGGCCCCUCAACCAGGCCCUCGUCAACAUGUACCUCCGCGGCUGCUUCCUCGUCCCGAACCUCGUCGGCCCCAUCUGGAUCUGCUGGUUCAUGAACGCGCACAACGUCUACCUCGACAACCUCGCCCACCUGUACGGGUUCGUCAUCGGGCUCAUGCACGUCCCGCUGAUGCUCAGCGUCGGCCUGAAGCUGCUCCUGCCCGCGGCGUUCGCCGUGCCGGUGUGGGCGAUCGAGAGGGUCUCGGAGCUGGUGUACCUGCUCUCGAAGCACAUCCCCGAAAGCCCCGCCGCCGCGGCGCAGGAGAUGCUCCGGUGGCUGCGCGAUCUGCUGCGGGGUAUCCCGGGCCGGAUCACGCGCCUACUGGACCGCGAGGUCUUGCGGUCGGAGCACAGGUACAUGUGGACGGCGGUCUACGGCGUGCUGGCGAUGUACGUGAUGAUUCUGCUCACGACGGUCGUUGUGCCUUGCGCGCUGUGGCUGCCGCGGCUGGGUGUGAAGUUCUUCGCCGACCUGCUCAUGACGGCCGGCGACUUGCUCUUCGAGAUGGGCAUGUUGGCGGAGAAGUUGGCUGUGAAGAGGGUGUUGUGGGAGGGGAGGGGGGCCUGGAUGCAUGUUCUCAUGUAA